AUGGUGAAGCUGACAAAAGCUAAGACAUUCCAGGCUUACCUGGACUCCUGCCACCGCCGCUACAGCUGUGUGCACUGCCGCGCCCAUCUGGCUAACCAUGAUGAUCUAAUCUCCAAGUCUUUCCAAGGUAGUCAAGGCAGAGCUUACCUCUUCAACUCUGUGGUAAACAUUGGCUGUGGUCCCGCGGAGGAAAGGCUGCUGCUCACGGGACUUCAUGCAGUGGCUGACAUCUAUUGUGAAAACUGUCACACCACUCUGGGCUGGAAAUAUGAACAAGCCUUUGAACUGAGUCAGAAGUACAAGGAAGGGAAGUUCAUCAUUGAGCUGUCCCACAUGAUAAAAGACAACGGCUGGGACUGA